GACGAAGGAAAACCAUUUUUUCAAGUAAGAACUGAGAGCUACUCUUUCUUUAAUCCAGCGCGAACCAUCCUACCUUCUCUCUCUAAGGGUUACGGACAUGUCAGCUUCAGCAUUCACAUCUCCUUUAUGCCUUCCAGUCGCUUCACGCAGAAGUGCAUCGCUCCUUUCAACUUCUAAUAGAAAUUGUGCAAGACUGAUAGUUGCAGACUUGUCGAGUCCUCAUGGCCGUUUAUCUACCUCAAGAUUAUCUAGUAAAACUUCUGGACUGCCUUUGAUGGACCAGCAGCGCAAGUUCCAUGACUCUUCUGAUGCAAGCUACAACGUAAUAGAAGCAAAGAAAGGAAACCCACCUGUAAUGCCUGCUGUCAUGACUCCUGGUGGACCUCUAGAUCUUUCAACUGUUCUAUUCAGAAACCGCAUAAUCUUUAUUGGACAGCCUGUGAAUUCACAGGUGGCUCAACGAGUAAUAUCACAGCUGAUGACAUUGGCAACUAUAGAUGAUGAAGCUGACAUUCUGAUAUAUCUGAAUUGCCCUGGUGGAAGCACAUACUCAAUACUCGCAAUAUAUGAUUGCAUGUCCUGGAUAAAGCCUAAGGUUGGCACAGUAUGUUUUGGUGUUGCUGCAAGUCAAGGAGCACUUCUACUUGCAGGAGGAGAGAAAGGAAUGCGAUAUGCAAUGCCCAAUGCUCGUAUUAUGAUUCAUCAACCACAAAGUGGCUGUGGGGGGCAUGUGGAGGAUGUCAGACGCCAAGUAAAUGAAGCAGUUCAAUCCCGUCAAAAACUAGACAUGAUGUAUUCUUCCUUCACCGGCCAAUCUCUGGAAAAGGUGCAACAAUACACAGAUAGGGACCGAUUCUUGUCUGUUUCGGAGGCCUUGGAGUUUGGUUUAAUUGAUGGCGUCCUGGAAACAGAAUACUGAUAUGGCUCUGGUUUCUUAUUUUUGGCUGUACAAUGCAGAAAUGGCUAAUGUUAACAAUUUAAUUUUCAGCCAUAAGUAGUUUUACAGAAUUUGACAUGGUAACAAUUAUUUUUACAUUGGUUUUUCUAUUUGGUAAGAAUUUUUACAUUGUUGGUUCA